UACCGCGUCGCUUGAUGUAUAUCUAGUGUAGGUAUACAUUGAGAAAAUUUUUGCAAAUCGCGGAAUUUAUCUGCAAUUCUCAAGAAGUAAUCGCAUUCAAUCCUAUUUUAUCUUGGUUCAAAAUCCUGUACGAGUGAUAUUUAUAUAACUGGCAAAACCGUGAGUGACCUCACGUACGUCUUGCAGUCUGUUGUGGGAAUUAAAUAUUCUUCGUAUGAUAAAGUCAAGUUUCUCUGUAGAAAGACAAACGCGAUUCAUAUGUGUGCCUUCUUCUUCGCGGUACAGUAUAGGUCUUGUAAUGUCCUUGAAAUGUUUUUAGUGCUCAACGUUAGUAAUUAAUCAGUUUCACGUGUGUGAGUUUCCUGAGCGCAUUAAACUCGCCAGUCCGAGCUGUCUUCCUCUACAGAAACAUUAUGAAAAGCUUAUUUGUUAUCCUCUUGAGCGUCAUUGUCGUACUCGCCGAUGAUGAUCUCGCCGGCGAACAGCAUGAGGUCGUCGCACCGAUUGGAAGAAUUCGCGGUUCCACCACGACCUCCAGACUUGGCAAGAAAAUCUAUUCCUUCCGCGGUGUCAGAUAUGCCGAACCGCCAACCGGACCGCAACGUUUUCAAGUCGCAAUUCCAGCGGCGGAUUGGACCGAUGUUUUCGAUGCGACUAAAGAAGGACCCGCCUGUCCAGCGAUAUUUGAACAGAAUAUAAUGGAGGAUUGUCUCCGUGUAAAUGUCUACACGACGAAAUUACCGUCAAAGAACGAUCCUGUGAAAAGACCCGUACUGGUAUUCUUCCAUCCUGGUGGUUUUUACUUACACUCGGGUCAAAGUUGCAACUUCGGACCUCAGUACCUACUGGACAAAGAUAUUGUUCUCGUCACAGUCAAUUACCGUCUCGCGUCUCUAGGCUUUCUGAGCACCGGUGAUUCGAUGGCACCGGGUAAUUUGGGCCUGAAGGAUCAAGUCGUGGCGCUUCGAUGGGUCCAGAGAAAUAUAGCCGCUUUCGGCGGCGAUCCCGACAGCGUCACUAUAUCCGGCGACAGCGCCGGUGGAUUGAGCGUGUUAUUGCACAUGGUCUCGCCGAUGUCCAAGGGAUUGUUCCAUCGAGCGAUCAUGAUGAGCGGCUCGGCAAUGAUAGAACCGUUUCCAACCGAACAGUUACACUUGGCAAAAAAACAAGCCGAGUUGUUAGACUGCCCGAUCGACACCACUGGAUCUAUGCUGAUCUGCUUGAACUCCAAGCCAGUGGAGAACUUCACAGAUACCAUAUCCAAGUUCUUUGAGUGGUACGAUGAUCCAAUCUUAAUAUGGACACCCGUAGUGGAACCUGAGAUUCCUGGCGUGGAAAGAUUCUUGCCCGAACAGCCUAUUGAUCUUAUUAGAAAAGGAAAGUUUCAUAUGGUUCCGCUAAUCGCAGGAGUUACUAAAAAUGAGAUCAAUGGUGUGGUCGUCUCUGCUAAUGAGCAACACAAACUCGGGAAUGAUUCGAUGUUGAAUGACUUGAAUAAUGACUGGUACAGACUCGCACCGAUUAAUUUUAUGUACGAGCGGGAUACACCUCGAUCCAAACACAUAAGUACCGAACUACGCCGAUUUUACUUUGGCGACAAGCCAAUCGGUCCAGAAACUUAUGACGGUCUCGAAAAUAUCUACAGCGAUAGCGUAAUUAUAUAUCCGGUGCAUCGUUCUGUAAGAUUAAUCGCAGAAAAUUCCGACCAACCCGUCUACUUUUACAUGUUUUCUUACCAAGGACGAUACAGUUUUGGCAUGUGGAACACAACCACACCAUACGGAGUGGCGCAUCAAGACGAUUUGCAAUAUCUGUUCUUUAUGAAAUCCAUGAAAUUCCCAUUUUUCGAAAAUAAUGCUCCGGAAAUUCCUAUGGUGGAUCUUAUAACAAGCAUGUGUUCAAACUUCGUUCAAACCGGUCAGCCGCUAUCCUCAGCUUUGGAAACAAAGAACAUUACGUGGGAACCGUAUCUAUCAGAAAGAGACAACUAUCUAGAAAUCACCGAGAAACCAACAAUGAAAACAGGACUUUAUCCUGAUAGAAUGCAAAAAUGGGACAGUUUGUUUCCCUUGAAUUCGAAAUAGAAAUCGAUUCAAUGUCUAAAAUCGAUUUUGUAACAUGUAAUAAAUAUGCUAAUCUAAUUUUGUUAAUUAAAAAUAAAAAAAAUGCAUUAAUUCUAUUACUCGAUAAAU